CCGACAGUCAGUUCAUUUCGCGAGUCACCACGGUACGGUUGGUCGUUUCCCGGCGGUUCUGAAACGUGCCACUGAGCGAUAGAAAUCUGCGCCACCGGCCACGGAGAGCACACGGAUUUUUUGGUGCUGUGAAACGCUUUUCCUGUCAAUCGAUACCACUAGCUAAGUGAGCGUGUGUAAGUUUGCCGCAGGCAAGUGAUUCAAGAAGUAAUUUAAAGUGCAUAGAGUUAAUAGAAUCGUGGCUAACAAGUUGUCUGUGCGGAUGAGUGCGUUGUGAAGCGAAGAAAUAUCGUAGAAUAUUGAUCAAACAGCGGCGCACCUAUUCUUGGACAAGUCAACAGCUGAGUCUCCAACCACAAGUCUACAAUUUGUAGUUCGGCAAGGCGCCAUCCAUCCAUCAACACCACCCCAAAACCGUGACAUUGGAUCGGCACUCGAAGCGUGACAUCGUAAAGUGGUGCACAACGGAUCCGCAGCCAAGACAACGGUUACCCACUGACGACCCGCCCAGCGACGACGAUGACGACUAAGGUGGACGGGGUGCCGGGCCCGCGGAACAACGGGCACGAGAUGGCCCCGCUCAACACGCGCGCCCGCGGGGACGGUACGCACGGUGUCACGAUCAUGCUGUCGCCGCCGGACCGCAGCUCGAUCGGUUCGCGGGACGGGGCCGGUGCGCUGCCCGACGGUGACCCGGACCGGGCGGCCUGGUCCGGCAAGAUGCAGUUUUUCCUCAGUAUUAUCGGCUACUCGGUCGGGCUUGGCAACAUCUGGCGGUUUCCGUACCUUUGCCAGCAGAAUGGAGGAGGUGCUUUCCUCAUACCCUUCAUGAUUAUGCUGAUUCUCGAGGGUAUUCCACUGUUUCUGAUCGAGCUCGGUAUGGGCCAGCGGAUGCGUCUCGGUGCGCUUGGCGUGUGGAAUACAAUACACCCGUGGCUCGGCGGCAUCGGCAUCAGCUCCUGCAUUGUGACACUGUUCGUUGCGAUUUACUAUAAUGUCAUUAUUACCUGGUGCUUCUACUACUUCUUCAACAGUUUUCGGUAUCCCUUACCAUGGGCCGUCUGUCCCCAGCUGAACGGUACCGACGUUGAGGAGUGUGAACGGUCGUCCGAGACGGCCUACUUCUGGUACCGGACAACGCUGGACGCGGCACCCAGCAUAGACGAAACCGGCGGCUUCAAGUGGUGGAUCGUGCUCUGCCUGAUGCUUUCCUGGACGGUGGUGUUCUUCAUCGUGAUGAAGGGCAUCCAGAGUUCGGGCAAAGUAGUGUACUUUACCUCGCUCUUUCCGUACAUCGUGCUGACGAUCUUCUUCGUCCGCGGCAUUACCCUCAAAGGGGCCGGCGCCGGACUGAUGCACAUGUACACACCGAAGGUGGAGAAGCUACUGGAACCGACGGUGUGGUUAGAUGCAGCCACGCAAGUGUUUUACUCGUUCGGGCUCGCAUUCGGAUCGUUGAUUGCGUUCGGAAGUUAUAACACGCCCAAAAAUAACUGUGUACGGGAUGUGUUGCUAGUGUCCGUGUGUAACGCGAUCACCGCAAUUUACGCCAGUGUCGUCAUCUUUGCCAUCCUAGGGUAUAAGGCUACGUUAGGCGUGGAUAGAUGUAUCCAAGUAAAUAAGCAUAUUCUAGUGAAACAUAACCUUCUUCCAUCGAUGGAUGUUGAUCAAAGCGAGUACGAACACGCGAUGGCCGGAUUGAACGAGACGAUGACUAAAGACUGGGAGUUUGAGAAGUGCAGUCUUGAAGAUCAGUUGUCCAGUGCUGCCGAAGGAACCGGUCUAGCGUUCAUCGUAUUCACUGAAGCAAUCGUCGAAUUACCAGGUUCUCCUUUCUGGGCUGUGCUCUUUUUCACCAUGUUGCUCUCUCUAGGAUUAGGAUCUCAGAUCGGCAUUCUCGAAGGAAUGCUCUGUACCAUUUUUGAUAUUGACAUCUUCAAGAGGAUUCGGAAACCAUACGUCACUGGCGUUGUUUGUGCGUUCUGCUUCUCGGUGGGCCUUAUCUUCACCACCGGUGCCGGUGAAUAUUGGCUCAAAAUGUUCGAUUCAUUUGCUGGCACGAUUGGAUUGGUUGUGGUUGCACUAAUGGAAAUGAUAGCCGUCAUAUACAUCUAUGGACAUGAGAAGUUCACGGAAGAUAUUUACCAAAUGACUGGUAUUCGACCGGGUCUCUACUGGCAAAUGACCUGGCGAUACAUUGGUCCAGCCAUCAUGGGUUGCAUUCUGCUGUCUUCUAUCCUUUCGAUGCUACUACGGAAUCCUACAUACGGUGCAUGGAAUGGUGAUUUGGGUAUUGUCGAAAACAAAUCAUAUCCUAAUUGGGUGAUGGGCAUUGCACUGGCAAUGAUCAUUGCCGGCGUGCUGCCUAUGCCCGUAGUCUUCCUGCUACGACGGUUCCAGAUACUGAAGGUGGAUCUAGACAUACACCAAGGCUCGAUUCGAAGAAACGAAACGACCGCCUCUACCAAGGAGAUGAUUGAUGAAGAUGACGACGACGAUGAGGAUGAUGACGAUUUCAGUGGACCCGCGCUAGGCGGCCCCGUCAACGUGCGGAGCGAUUCGGACGACGAAGACGAACCACCGACGAUGGGCAAAAUGUUGGCGAAAAAGUCGGCCGCUUCGCCGCAGAAGCUCCAGUUCCAGAAUCAGCAUCAUCUAACCCCGAACGUACUGAGCCCCGGUUCGCGGAAGAAACCGUUCCGCAUGGAGGUGGUGGACUUUUAAGCGUUCACCGAUAUACCAGGGCAGCGGCCGAUAUACCAGGGCAGAGCAGGAGACGCUACGCUCAAACACAACGACCACAUGCGGUGCAGUAGUAGUAGUGGCAAAGCUUUUAUCUUUUUAAAUGUACUUCAGUUUUACCUAGUUCACCAACCCUGUUCCUUCGUGCGUGGGUGAAAGGGGCGUCCAUGGGAGUGUGCAGUUCAAGCACCGACAUAAUCCUUUGUUUGUUUUCUCACAACACACACACACACAUACAGACACAAACACACACACACGCGCUAUCCACAGCCGUGGGAAGCAUAGGUAUCGAAGCGCUAAUGAGACAGCACAGCUGCCACGCGAAGAAAGUAAAGGUGGAUAACAUUGUUACCUGUAAAUAUCUUGUAUAGGCCAUACACUAAGCAGAAGAUGCUGAAAAUCAAGCUAUUUGUAAUAGGUUAAUUAGGAGGAGGAGCAGAAGAGAUCGAGAUAUCCCGGUCGGCGUCUGGCGGGUCUGGCGACACUUACUUUGGUACCCCGGGCGGGACAGAGCUUUCUCUUCGGAAUCGGUUUUAAACCUCCACUCCAAUCUCGAACCAUAGAGAGCCAAGUCGAAGAUAGGCCGGAACGAACGGUUGCCUGCUAGUUGCCAUUCAACUAUUAAUAGACGAUAAGUCCAGCACUGCAGCAAUGCGGUGUGGUGCCACAGCCGGAAAAUGCAGUAUUCUCAUUGGGUUUUCUUUCAGCCAAGUUACCUGCUAUAGGUGUGUGUGUAUUUUCCUGUUGUACAAAUUGUACUGUUUCAUACCAAAUUACACCACCAUGGUAGGUGGUGGUGGUGUUGCGUUUUCCCCCUCCUUUUCCGUAGACACAUGUUGAGAGGGGAGUACGAGAAAGAGAGAGGGAGAUAGAGAACAAAAAUGCUAGAAAAAAAAACAGAAAAACUAAUCAAACGUAAAGGAUGAAUUGAUUUGUAAAAAAAAAGAUAACAAAACAGAGAGCAUAAGUGUUGCCGUGCGUUAAGAUUUCAAUUAGUUUGAAUACCUCGCUCCUGUAGUGGGAACACAGGUUUUGCACCAUCAAGUGCGCCCGUACAAUAAUCGUAGUGUUAGACGCUAAAAUGUGUUAGUAGUCGUUUCACUGCUACCAAACAAUAUCUAUACUUGUGCUUUCAUUUAGACAGUUACUACUAUAGUUUUCCAUCAAUGAUCCCUUGUAACCCUUCAGUCCUUCUCUCUCUCUCAAACUCGCUCCUUCUCUCAUACUUUCCCGAGCAAACACCAUACGAUAAACACACGUGCUCAGCAGAAUUAUACUAUGUAAGUGAAACUUAAAUAAUGAUUACUUAAGAUGUAAGUGCAUGUGAAGUAUGUAAGAUAUUAUGAAAACGUUCAACCAAACGGUGGUGACGAUGAUGAAGAUGAUGAGGUGGUGUAGAAGCUCUCGUAAGACAUUUUUUUUUCAAAAAGCACUCCCUGAAAAAAGGAAGGAAAGAAAAUUACGCCUAGGUUUCCUGGAAAAGAUCCGAAUGAAAAAUAGCGAACUUCUCUCAUUUAAAUGAUUUAAAUUAAUUUAAAAAAUAAUGAUUGUUUGCCGCUUCCAAGAUGCGCUGCAAUGUACACCGCCUGUUGGCUCGUGCUUAAAGGAACUCUUGCACCACGAUGUGUUGCUAGAGCCAUAAACAAAUGUUUUUGUUUUGUUCGUUGUUGCAUCCUGUACGGUAAUGGUUUGGUUUCAAUGAAGCCCCUGCUCCGCUGCACACACACACACAUGCAGCGGCAGAUAGAGGAAAGUGUGAUAGAACAAAAUUUGUUUUGUAUCUUUAAUGCUAAUCUCGAUGUACACACCCCGGCAAACAACUACAAUACACAAGCCAUGUGUAAGAAUAAGGCGACAGAACAUUUGGUCAAGGAAAUAACACAACAGUCGAUAUAUGUUACGCUAAAGUACGUUCUACAGUGACAUUGGUUUUCCUCACAUCACACCCCACAAACAUACAUAUAGGUUAGAGGAGAGAAUAAAACAUCAAAUUAAAACGUUAAAUAGAAAGUAAACCAACACGCAGCUAAAAAACUGAAGUCAUUAAAUGAAAAAAAAAGAAAAGAAAAAUAAACCAAAACAGAUCGUCGUACUGCACGAGGAUCGUACAUAACUGGAAGAAAACAUACAAUAAACAAUGUGAUCAAUUGAGUAAACUUAAAGAGUGGAAGGGGUAAACACAUAAAAAGUGAAAAGUAAAAAAAACACAGAAAAAGAAACCACUAUGUAGUAAGAUCAUCUUUUUAAGAGUUAGUUGUUAAUAGUCUCGUAGAAGGAGUGCAAAAGUGGAGGGAAAAUACUUACACACAAACAAACAUACACACAUACAUUGCAUACAUUGUAAGAGUCACAGGAGCUAUCGAGCUAGAGGCGCUCAAAGGCCAAAGAAGAACAACAAAACAAUGAUGAAGAAACGUAUUUCACUUACCUUGAACAACGCAGACACAGUUUAUUUGUAAUCCCAGCAACCAUCAAUCCGCAACAGGACGAAAUAAAAUGACGUUUACUUGAGUGAUUAGAACUGG